AUGGUGGACCGCAUGCCAGUAGAGGAGGGUUGGGUGUACGGCCAAAAGCCGAAAGAACCGGAGGCGCCGCCGGAUCUCGAAAGUCUUUUUGAAGCGGCUGGGGUACCAGACAAGCUUACAAACGGGCAGCCACCUUUUUCUCCUGAAUGGUAUGCAGGGGCGAAAGAGAGGCAGAGGGUCCGCGAUGCGGAGAUCGAGAAGAUCAUGAGCCAGCGCAAUGAUGUCCGUCACCAAUGGGCAGAGUUGAUGUGGACCGACCUGUCAGUGUGGCGGGACCGAAUCGACUACACAGCUUCUCUCGCGGAACCACUUGCAGACCUUCAAGCACUGCUUGCACGAACAAAGCAUGAGCGGCCAGACGAUGUUGCCCGUUUCCAAGAGAUCCAGGAGAUCGCCGCGAAGGCCGGCAUCCGGCAGGGUCAGGUCAGGAAGCACCUGGUCGAGGCCAAGGAGCAGAUGAUGGAUAUCGAGGGCAAGGUCCGCUUGAAGGAGGAGGAAGAUGAGGCUGCCGAAAAGGAUCGCCUCGAAAAGAAGCGUCUGGCAGAGAAGCGCCGCCGUCGUGCCGAGAGAGCUUUAAAAAGAAACGAAGCUCUGCUGCGUGGUGAGGAUCCUCCGCCACUAGUCGAAGACUCAGAAGAGGAAGGCUUUCAGCCUGAAGACGAUCCCAAGGAUCUGAUGCAGAUGCAGGAGUUGAUAGAAGCAUCCCCCCAAG